GCUGACCGCGCAUUGGAACAGAUUGUCCAGGGAGGUUGUGGAGUCACUCUCACCGGAGAUACUCAAGAACCGUCUGGACACAAUCCUGUGCCACGUGCUCUGGGACGACCCUGCUUGAGCAGGGGGGUCGGACCAGAUGACCCACUGCGGUCCUUUCCGACGUGCCCCGCUCUGCGACUCCGUGCGGAGCCGCGCACGGCGGGCCCGUCUCGGGGCGUACGGCGGCUCCGGGGGCGGCGGACGACAGCGGAAGCGCUGCAAGCGCGGCCCCCUCCGUCCCCUCCCCCUCCCUCCCUCCCGCCGCCGCGACUUCCGGCGGCCGCUCUAGCCGCGCCGCGUCUAUGCCCGCGGCGCUGGGGGAUGUUUAUUGUCGCGGGGAGUCGGCCCAACACCCGGAACGCCGCCGGGCGACCGGCACCCACUGACCGCCACCGCGCUGCGCCCUGCCCUGCCCUGCCCCGCCCCGACCGCCGCCCGGCCGCCCGCCCGCCCGCACGGAUGUGAUCUUCGUGGUGAGCUGGUGGGAAAAUUGAGUUGUAAAUCACCCCAAUGGAUGCAGACAGUGAUGUUGCACUGGACAUUUUAAUCACAAAUGUAGUGUGUGUUUUUAGAACAAGAUGUCAUUUAAACUUGAGGAAGAUUGCAUUAGAGGGAGCAAAUGUGAUAUACAAGCGUGAUGUUGGGAAGGUUUUAAUGAAGCUUAGGAAACCUAGGAUUACGGCCACAAUUUGGUCCUCAGGAAAAGUUAUUUGCACAGGAGCCACAAGUGAAGAAGAAGCUAAAUUUGGUGCCAGACGACUAGCUCGUAGUCUACAGAAACUAGGUUUUCAGGUAAUUUUCACAGAUUUUAAAGUUGUGAAUGUUUUAGCAGUGUGCAACAUGCCCUUUGAGAUCAGAUUGCCGGAAUUUACAACGAAUAACAGACCUCAUGCGAGUUAUGAACCAGAACUUCAUCCUGCCGUGUGUUACAGAAUAAAAUCUCUCAGAGCUACCUUACAGAUUUUUUCCACAGGCAGUAUCACAGUUACAGGGCCAAAUGUAAAGGCUGUUGCCAGUGCUGUGGAACAGAUUUAUCCAUUCGUGUUUGAAAGCAGGAAAUAAAUUUUGUAAUUCACCACUUGAUGGUUAGGUUCCCUAACCGAGCACCUUCAAAGACUGCUGCACAUUGGACUAAAAGCAAAAAGGAAAACUGGACCAACCACAGCAGAGGAAUACAGACUCUUUUACUUGCUCAUGGCCACAGUAUAGACUCCAGUGCUUUUGGAUUUUACUCUUAACAGUGCUGUAUUGUAAAAACGGAAGUUUACAAGAUAUGAAAUUGCUGCUUUUAAAAAGACAUUCUAUUUAUUUUUGCAGUAAUUUCUGUGUAUUCAUAAGCAAAGCUGUCACGAUGUGCACUACCUUUAAGACUUUUUUUUUAGCUUGAGCUUGUGUUUUAUUUGUGAAUAGUCUUUUACAUUUUUGUAUGCUGAAUAUUGGGCACCAAAGAAGCUGUAAAAGUUAUCUUUUUCACCUGAUGAAUGUGCACAAAUAAAAGUUUGGAAAAUA